GGUCGGUCGCUUGGCGUUGACUUUGCGCCGCAGAUUGGCCGGUAUUUCUGCAGCGGAACCGCUGUCGUCAGUCACAACUGUCGUUUUCGGUUUGGCGAAAACAGCCCAGGGCGAUGCGCGAUCCUUCCUUUUCUGGGCAGGAAAGGCCGCGGAAAUUGUCAAAAAGGCUCCAUGUGACACCGAGAACGAAGAAACAACUGUCGGUGCCAAAACAGAAAGAAUCGCGCAACACCGUACCGAUCGACGACAACGGCAUGUCCUCAUGGUAACGAUGGCAAUUCCUACGAAUGUUUGCUUGCUUCUCUCAGAAAUAUUCCGUUUCUUAAUGAUGGAGAUGGAGGAGCACGAUUUGGCGCAACAAAAAGACCCCGGUAAAGUCUCGAGCUGUUCUGACAGUAAGGGAGAAGGACACGCGCUCGAAGUGCAACUCGUUUACGUUUCUUCCGCGGUGGGGUUCCGUGUUUCUUGGCGUAGUGCGUCGUCGUUGUUGUCCUCACGGGGGCGGGGGUAUCCAAUCUUGUCGGAUGGUUGUGGUGCCCGUUCGCAGUCCACAAACGAGGCAGUUUCCAGGACUACCGACAGUUCGAACCACACUUUGCUACAGAAUUCGAAUCUCUCGCAGCAGCCUCCCCUCCCUCUUCUGCUUCCUGCCACUGAUUCUUUGCGGCAUCCCGCAAACCCUCUCUACAGCAGGAAUCGAUCACACGACACGAAUAGCGCUAUAGGCGUUUCCGACCCCGCUACGCAUACGAGCCGUGCCAUGAGCAGUCACACGUCGCUGCAAUACUCGAGUUCCGGAGGCAUCGCGAACAUCUCUACCACAACCGAUCCUCCACACAAACGACUCAAGUUGGACCAUGCCAUGAGCCACACAUCGCUCGGCAACCCAUCCUUGAGCUAUCACGAUUUUGCCGCACAUUACGACAGUCGCAGUACCUUACACACUAGUAGCACCAUGGAUCUAGGCGUUUUGCGGAAAGAAGAUUCCUUGGGCAUGAUGCGCAAGGACGGCGACGACGAGGACGACGAAAAUGAUCAGAACGACCCGAUAUCCUCCACAGCUGUACGACAAGCGACGGUCCAACCUACUGCUCUUCCGAAUGAAAGUGCGAAACCCACACACCCCACUACAGCGAACGUAGCCACCACAAAUUCCGUUUCGUCCUCCGACAGUCUGCGCGAUCUAUCCGCACACCGUCCACAACAUCCACAGAAUACUACUCGUCUUCCCGUUUCUUCGUCAACGACUACGGUAACAUCGGGUUCGAAUUCUCCGCUCUCUGCGGGGCCGGUAUCAGCCCAAGCUCCUCCCUCGCCUCUGUUACCUCUCAAGGCUACCAAAAUGUCACACCUCCGCCAAAAAUACAUGCAAGAACUAGAGUACAUGCUGUGUGAGUUCCAAAAGCUGGAACGUCAGCUACUAGGUGCCAAGGCGACGACAGCCGAAUCCGCUGGCAGCCGCGAACGUCGAGAAAAACUGCAUUCGUUCAUCACGCACCUGAGCGAUACGAUCCAGAACAUACAGACCGGAUGUCAGCUAGAGUCGGAGGGAAAAUCAACCGUCGGAGAAGCUUCCAAGCAAGAUAUAGCCCAGGAGGCCGCGCUGGCAGAUUUGACGUGCGAAAAGGGGGAAGAGGAAAACGUGCAAAAGCUGGAAGAGCACAUUCUAGCCAAUCUGUUGCCCGUCAAAGUCCGGCUCAAGAAACAACUGGCGGCCCAGCAAGGUGCCAAGCAUAACCCGGCGGGGAUGCCGGUUGCGCAAAGGGGACUAGUGGCACCGAGCGAAGGUGGUAAAGGCACGUUUGCGGCAGCGGCCGAAGAGCGCAGAAAGCAAUUGGCGGACGCGGCCGCCGCGGCACAAGGCUUCGAUCAUACACACGUACCGGCGGAACCGGUUCAUCCAGACCAGACACAAUUUGGUAAACCACUACAAGGAAACGGCUCCUCGUUGACGCGAAAUUUGCAUGGAUCCACUUUGGGAUCCGCGAUUAAAGUGGGAACGGAUAAGUCCAAAAUUUUGUUCGCUGGUUUGGCGAUCGGAUCGUCGCAAGUAAAGUCGUCGGUCAACGCAGCUUCGUCGGUACAUCAGCUCGUAAUUAAGGAUCCCGCUUUGUUGGAGUUGGCUCGCCAACAGAGCGCGUCAAAACAACAAGAGGACCUUCCACCGCAAACACAACAAGAAGACUCUCCAACGCAAAGCAAACCCAAUUCGCUGCUGCCUCCUUCCUCGUCCGAGCCGAAUGACUCUCCAGAGGAUACAAACCGUAAGGCUAUAUCACUAAAAGUUUCGCCUGCUGUUGCUUCUGCAGCAGCUUUGGCCGCGUCUGAGCAACCAGACGCAGUCUUGUCAAAGGCUCCACCAAGCAGAUUAGAUGAUGUUGAUGCCACCUACCCCGACAUGCCAUCGGCAGCUUUAACCGAUGAAGAACGGCGAACCCUCCGUCGUCUCAAACGCCGAAAAAAGAGACGAAAACGCAAGGCCGAAGCAACUCCAGUCACGGCAGCGGCCACGGCAGCACCAGUGAUCAAUCGCCAUCACAAGCCGACGACAAAAAAACGGGGACCUCGGACGGUGGAAUACAUGUGUGCUUUGUGUAACGAAGUCUACAAUUCUACCUGUGAUUAUAAUCCUUGGUGGGCUCUGGCUCAACAUGAUUGUCCAAAAUGUCGAAAAAAUCAGAUACCGCGGGUAGAUAUUAGCGCACCUGCCAAUACGAUCGAAUAUCAUCCGGCGUUGCUAGCUCACGCAGACGAAAAUGGCGGUAGUACUCCGACACCGCCUGCAGCAAUAGUGAAGCCAGUCACAACUGUGUCGGCUCCUGUCACUAGUGUGCCAAAAUGUGGUAAUGAUUCCGAUUCGUUCGGAUCUGACUUGUCAGACGAUGAUCUUGACGGCCUGUUGUCAGACACUGACUCGGAGGGCUCGGGAGAAAUAGGUAUGGAAAGAAUAGAUGCGCUAUCGCCUGCGGAACAAGCAGAGAAUGAAUAUUUUGGGGUGGAAUACAAGGGGCCAAAAUUGAAAGACAGUGAAGCUGCUCGGCUACUGAUUCUCAUGGGGCAUGCGUCGACCUGUCCUUGCAAGCAUCAAUCGAUCAAACAUCGUGAAACCUGCAGAAAUACGAAAUGGAUGAUGUUGCAUGUUCGGGAUUGUCCAGGAACUACAUCUUCGUUUGAUGUCUGCCCAUUUCCAUGGUGCCGCAAAGUCAAGCAUUUGUUGUAUCAUCUUGUCUCGUGUCGCGAUGCCAAGCACUGUGAGAUCUGCUCACCGACCAAGCUCAACCAAAAUAUGAUCCUGUUAAAGGGGUUGAAUCAGCACCGCUUCAUGCAAUAUAGGGAGCGGCUGAUCGGCCGUGGAAAGGCGUUGACAAAGGUGUCAAAUAGUGCGCCGAAAAAUACUCCAGCUCAGGCGCAGCACAAAACUUUCAUCGACGUUUCGCAAAUGCUGUAA